GUACUUUGUCGAAAUUACACGUGAAUUCAAGGGUUUGAACGAAUUACGUCUCUCUGUCUGUAAUUUGAAAGAUUCUUACAAUUAUGUCCAAUCCGUCAGAAAUUGGGACCUAUAGUUGGUGAUGCCACUUACUACCAUAUAUUAUAAUACCAAAAAUGCCCUUACACUGAUGAAAUUACCUCUACACCAUACCUUCUUCCUCCUCUCUCUCGUCUUCGUGUCUGCCACUGCUGCGAUGAAACCUACCCAAAUUUGCAGUGGAUGUGUUAGGUCUGGGUGUUGCGAAUUUGGUGGCGGAUGGGAUUUCAAUGGGUUUUGGGGAUUUUGUGUCCAGUAGCACGGAGAGGGACAUGGCUGCAAAAGAGAGGAUGGUCACUGAGUGGGAGAUCACUAACCAGAAUGGACACUCACGGCCACAGGAAGACUACUUAAUCCAGAGAUAUCAAGCUCUUGGGAUGGAAUUUCAUGAUGCUAUCAACGUAGUGAAGGUGUUCUCCAAAUACAAGGACAUACUGGUGGACGAGAAGAUGACGGCCGAGAAACGAAUGUUACCACCAGACCAGGCGGAGAAUCCAUGGAAGAAUGGACUCAUCACCUUCGCGGCUUUCCUCAUCUUCAGGAGUUUUCCUCUGCUGUCAUUUAUCAUACUCCUCCCAUUCACUCGGAACGAGUCCAUCAAAUUCUGGGUUGCCUGUGCCCUCUUCACCCUAGCUCUAGCCAUUCUCGGCUUGGCCAAGGCUAAGAUUGCUGGUCAAAACUAUGCCCUCUCCAUUGCCGCCACCCUCUUCAACAAUGGGAACCUUGCUGUUGUCCAAUAAUAAAUCUUUCUUUAACGAAGGAUUUCUGUAAUCUCUGCUUUUUUUUUUGUAUGCAUUUUAUGCAGAGGGUACGGAUGAGAAUGGGUAACAUGGUCUUUUGUUGUUUAAAAUUAACAGCAUACUCACACCGUCGAGGAGCGUAAUUUUUCCAAAGAAAAAUGAUAUC